AUGGCUACCGCGAAGGCUGAAGCAAAACACUUUGAGAUUUUAAAAGGUCUCUGUCGUGUUUGCGGAAAACGGUUGAAGAAGGCAAAAAGCCUCUAUGCCCAAAGCUUUGCCUGCGGCAGUUUCAAAACAUUGCUGGGCAAAUUUGGCAUCAAUGUCGAGAAGGAUGACCCCUAUAUUCAUCUGAUGCGCUUUUGUAAGUUGUGUCGUCUCGCAACAACUGACAAGGCUCCCAUAAUCUGGGAGAUUCACCGGGAAGAGGACUGCCCAACGUGCGCCUUAGAAGAGCAAAUUCAAAAAGGCGGUAGGCCGAAAAAAGCAAAGCGAGGCGGUGCGAGAGGGCAGGCUAAAAACUCCGCUUGGGAAGAGACGACAAACGCGGGUUUAAAAGCACAACUAAUCGCGCGCGUCACCGAGCUUAGUGCCUCUAUGAACACACUAAGGGACCACCGAUUCACCGAGCGCUUUGACUUUUUCGAAACGAAAAAAGAAGAGUUUCAUUGCGCUAUUUGCCUAGACGUCCUCGAAAAGCCUCUGUCAUCAAAGUGCCAGCACAGUUGCUGCUCGGACUGCUGGAAAUCUGCGUUCGAGUUGGGGGAAAAACAUCCAGCAUGCCCAAUAUGUCAAGAGACGCUGGCGGACCCUAAUGACCUCCAGCGCGCACCGCUUGUUUUAAUCCAGCUUUUAGAGGGGUACCUGGUUUAA